AUGUCUAAUAAAUCUCUCCCCCCCAACUUGUUAUUUUUCGUUAGAAUUGUACUUGAGUAUAGACUGCAACAAAUUUUCUAAAUUUAAGAUUUUACAUAAAUAGGUGGAUAAUUUGGCGUCCCAGGUUAUUGAUACUACUAAACUUCGGAUUUUUUUUUUUAAAUAUAGUUUAA